GUCUGUGGGCGGAGCUGAAAGCUGUGUUUCCGGUUCCGGCCUCCUAGUGUUUUGUUGUGUUGUUCGUCGUUCGUCGUUCUGUGGCAGCAGUUUAAUUCUCCUCUUCCGCUCAUUGUCGCUCUUUACCCGUUCACAUGUUCCGCGCUCCAGACAGACAUCAGCGGAGUCCCGGAGCUCCACGACCGGCGUCCGGCUGGGGCUUCCCCCGCUCCCCAUACGGAGGCUCCUCGCGGGGCUACUCCCCCUACUCUCCGGGAUCUCCAGGCUACUCUCCGGGUUCUAAUCGAGGAUACAGAGACGGAUCUCCAGCCGGGUUCGGAAACGGUUCCGGGGGGUUCGGAGAUUCUCCGGCCGCGUUCGGCAGCGGCUCGCGCGGUUUCGGGGGUCCGAUGCGGCGCAGAGGGGACGGUUUCCGGCGGCCACAGUCCCUCAGUCCAACUUCAGCUCCGAACUUCAAGUCUUCAGACGCGCCCGUGCAGAAAUACUUCAGCCCGUCUAUGAUGCAGGAUCCGUGGAAAAAUCUGCAGCCCGUAACCAGCGUGGAUGCCGCUGCUGCCAGGCAGAUCACAUGACUGGAAAUACUACAAGUGGUGACCACAUGACAUCACCAGCAAGGAUCAAUAACUGAUGAGACGAACUGAAGUUUUUAGUCAGAUGUUUUAACCUUUUUAAAAACUGUUUUUAAACUGUUUGUGAAAAGAAGUUUUAAGUUUUUAAAAUAUAAAAAGUUUAAAUUUUUCUUCAAA